AUGGCCACUGAUAACUUCACAAAUCAAUCAGGGACGACAGAUAUUAACAAGUGGACAGACGUGUUAGCACACGAGAAACAAUCUCUUCCGUAUCACGUAUCUUUGUUAGUUUUAAUCGCCAUCUUCACAUUCUUUGGAAAUAUUUUGGUGUUGAUUGUGACCUGGAAAGAAAGAAGUCUUCAUCAACCAAAUAAAUACUUUAUCGCUUUUCUGGCUGGGGCUGAUCUUAUCGUUGGAUUUGUUGUGAUACCAUUGAAAUUGUAUCAACUCACGUGGAUUGACACAUUUGCGCUAACAACAUCUAUCUGCACACUUAACUUCAUCAGUUUUGAUCGAUAUCUCAAAAUCAGCAAGCCACUUCAAUAUAAAUCACGAAUGACAACUUCCAGAUUAGUAAAAAUAAUAUUCCUCAUUGUUUUCAUUUCAUCGUCCAUUGCCACGUACGCCGCUGCUCCACAUCCUGGAAACAUUGCACUUUUAGAAAAUGGCGUUGGUCCUUGCAUUUUAAUCCAUCUUGACGACCGAAGCAAAGCAUUUUUCACUUUUUUAUCAAUCAUUGUGUUUUUUCUUCCCACCAUAUUCAUGCUGAUUAUGUACGUUUUCAUUUUUCUUGUUGCUCAUAAACGACAGAAGACGUUUUUAAACGGGGAACUGGGCCAAAUAAACAAUCAAAAUCGACGAGCUGCACUUCGUCAAGAUAUAAAAGUGAUUAAAAUGUUGUUGGUUGUUGUUGGAGUUUUUAUAUGUUGCUGGUUUCCGUGGAUUGUAACGAUUUUGCUGUCGUUUUAUCAUCCAUAUAUAUAUGGUGUUAGUUACAGAUAUUACAUAGCAUUUGUUGUAAUACGCGCGCUUCCAUUACUGAACAGCAUGUGCAAUCCUAUCAUUUAUGCCUGGUUCGACCAAACAUACAGAGAAGCCUUCAAACGUCUUUUUCAUCGAAUGAUGUGUCGACCAGACUGGAGAAGCCAACACAUGCAAUAG